GAGCCGCUUCCAAUUGCUUACAUUGCGGCGGGCUGGCGAGCGACGGAGGGGAGGAUCCGGAUUUAUUUGGGAGGAAAAAAGCAGCGGCGGCGGCGGCAGCAGCGGCGAGACUGCAGCGGGGUCUUUUCCUCAAGGAGCCUUUUCCAUCGCCGGAAAGAUGCCCCGCUCCUUCCUCGUCAAGAAACACUUUUCGGCCAGCAAGAAGCCCAAUUACAGCGAAUUGGAAAGCCAGACGGUGAUCGUCUCUCCGUUUUUGUACGACAAAUAUCCCUUGUCUGUCAUCCCUCAACCAGAUCUCUUGAGUGCUGGUUCUUACUACCCUCCUCUAGUCUGGGACACUGGGCUGUUCUCCAACUUCUUCAACUCGGAAUCGGAGUACAAGAAUAGUGCAGCUUCUCCGCCCAGCCCUGAUUCCAAACCCCUGGACCUGACCUCCUUGUCCAGUGAAGAGGAAGAUGGCAAGACCAGCUCUGACCCGCCCAGCCCAGCCUCCUCUGCCACUGAAGCUGAGAAAUUCCACUGCAGCCAAUGCAGCAAAUCCUACUCAACUUUUGCUGGCCUUUCCAAGCACAGACAGUUGCAUUGCGAUUCCCAGACCAGGAAAUCUUUCAGCUGUAAAUAUUGCGAAAAGGAAUAUGUGAGCUUGGGGGCUCUCAAGAUGCACAUCCGAAGCCAUACCUUGCCCUGUGUGUGUAAAAUCUGCGGCAAAGCAUUCUCAAGGCCAUGGCUGCUGCAGGGCCACAUCAGAACACACACUGGGGAAAAGCCAUUUUCCUGCACACACUGUAGCCGGGCCUUUGCUGACCGCUCUAAUCUCCGUGCUCAUCUGCAGACCCAUUCAGAUGUUAAGAAGUAUCAGUGUAAAACUUGCUCCCGGACUUUCUCUCGCAUGUCACUUCUCCACAAACAUGAAGAAACAGGCUGCCUUGGAACCCGUUGAAUCCCAUGGACUCCGCCGUGCAAAGCCAUGUAUUGUAACUAGUGUCCCUAGGAAAAUAGUUCUGCUGAGCUGCCACAAACAGCUUAUAUUGAAAUCUAGUUGUUUCCAGCUGCUUCAGGCCUUAAAACAUCAUACACAAUGCUUCUUUCACUCUUUGUCUUCAAGAGAAUUUUUCAAACCUGAUUUGCCUUUGUAUUCCAUUCCCUGGCCCUCGUGGUGGCAAAAUGCUUCUUGAUUCAAGCCCAUGCAUGAUCAUUGCUUCAUCAGAAAUGAUGGGUUGCCAAACAACAUGGGAUGAUACUUUAAGAUGAGCUUCUAAAACCUGGUGUUCUCCAGAUGGGUUGGAUAAAUAUCCCCAGAAUUUUUAGAAAUACGGAUUUUUUUUUUGGUCAGGAAUUCAGUAUGUUGGAGCCCACACUCUGCAGCGUACCAAUCAGUAGUGGGUUUCAAUUUCAGCAGCUACCGGUUUGCUCGUGGGUGCGCGUGUGCUCACGUGCGUGAUGCUUCUGCGCAUGCGCAGAGAUGUCUGGGUGGGUGGCGGGUGGCCAGAGCCUCCCAUUGUCGCUGCUACCAGUUUGCCCGAUCCAGGGUGAAACGGUAGCAACCCACCACUGGUACCAGUGGUGGGAACAGCUUCUCCAAAAACUGACAUGUAGCUAAAAACAUCUUGUUGAGCUGCUCAACUGGGAUCAGAUACAUCCUUCGGGAACUUGUAGGCAGAUUAUAAGGAUAACGAUUACCUCUUUUUCCUGCCCUCCUGCGUCUGGUACUCAACAGUUUACUGUCACUAAUCAUGCCCGCUUUCAUAUUUAACAGCUGCCGAGUCCUCUCCCCUCAGAAUUUUUUCCAGCUUCUUCAAAGCCAUCUGAGUUAAUAGCAUUCACUAACAUUUUACAAAUGGGAAAAAUAUUCCAAGUCUCGUGCCUACCUUGCCUGAAAGAUCAGUCUUUCAUUUUUAUCCUUAACAAGAAGAUGACUAGAAUAAUAGAUUCACAGUAACUCAUGACCCUGAACUGAUAUGCCUUUAAACAAAGGGCAGAAAGCUAAGUGUUAAUGCCUCCCCAGCAUCACAAACUCUCCUUAGUGCAGCUAUGCAGGGAUACAGUAUUUCAUUAGUUCUGGGUCAGCAGAGGGAUAAUUCGCAAUGCUUCAAAGACUUAUGUCUGCAGAAGGCACUGGGUAGCCAUUCAAAGCAAGGCUCCUGUUUACAAGAGCAGCUAUGCACUCAAGCACCUGUUAAUAUGACUUCUUUUAACAACUGCUUUUUUUCAAAAGAACUGUGACUAAUAGCGGGCACUUGUCAGGCGAUUCAAUAGCCGCCUGGGCAGGGAAGGCUGCCCCAUUGACAGGUGCGUGCCAAAAGAACUACUUAAGGUUAUUGACAGGUGCCUCUUGAAUGCAUUUCUAUUGUACAUUGUUUCCACAUCAUCAUCAACAAAAAAACAAAAGGGUAUGUUUACAUUUCAAAGGUACACUGGUAUUUAUAUAUUUUUGUGCCACAAUUUUAUACUGAAUUUAAAAAAAAUACUUUUUAUAUAUAAUUAUAUACAAUUUAUUGAUAUUCAAUAAAAAGGGUA